GUUUGUUUGCUUGUUAUUUAUUUGGUUGUGCAUUGAACAGAAUCAUGUUUUCCCAUGAUUGAACUGUAUCUGUUGUAUCAGAAUGCUGUUCUUUGGUGAGCAUUGUCUUGUUAGAUCAGUUGCCCUGUUCCAAUGUUUGAUUAACUGGUAUUUGUUUUUACUGUUUUUCAAUAGGGGAGGCUUGUUCAGCUCGGCUGCACACCAGAGAAGCGCUGGGGAUGAGAACAAUGACCCUGAGGACGAGCCAGGGAAAACUAUAACAGUUCACAUGCUUGAAAUGAGAGCAAGUAAACUUGAAGAACAAGUUCGAGAUCUCACAGAGAGCUAUAAGAAAGCUUUAGCUGAUUCUGAUACAGUCAGAAGAAGAACUCAAAAAUUUGUGGAGGAUGCAAAGAUCUUUGGUAUCCAGAGUUUCUGCAGAGACUUGGUAGAGGUUGCAGAUAUGCUGGAGAAGACCACAGAUAGUGUGUCUAAGGAGGCGCUCGGUGAUCAAAACCCAACUCUCAAGAACCUUUAUGGCGAACUUUUGCUCAUUCAAGAGCAGCUGCACAGUGUGUUUGGCAAGCAUGGGCUUCAAAAGAUGACGCCCAUUGGUGGCAAAUAUGACCCCUAUCAGCAUGAAAUUGUCUGCCAUGUAGCAGCCGAUGGUACAGAGCCUGGCACAGUAACAGUUGUAACCCACGAAGGGUAUCAACUUCAUGGGCGCACAAUUAGGCACGCGCAUGUCGGAGUAGCAGUCGAAUCCCAAGAUUGACAGCAACUCCAUUUCGACUGAGAUCUACUUCAACUUUGUAUUGCACAUUUGCUUCGUAAUAUCCUGUACAGUUUUUAUAUAUUUUGGGUUUUUUUU